AUGGCAUUCCAAGGAUUUGUGGUAUCAGAUUGGGGUGCUCAACAUAGCGGCGUGUAUUCUGCAUUGGCAGGUCUUGAUAUGACCAUGCCAGGUGAGGUAUCAGAUAGUUGGCUUUCAGGAAAGUCUCAUUGGGGACCAUUGUUAACGAGGGCGAUCUACAACCAAACGAUACCACAGGAGCGUCUAAAUGACAUGGUGAUCAGAAUACUAGUGCCAUUCCUAGCAUGUGAUUCAAUUGAUUUCCCUUCCGAAGAAUCGACGCCUAAUUUCAGCUCAUGGACCCAUCACACCUACGGGCAAGAGUUUCCUUAUCAACAUGCGGGACCUAUUGUGCAACAAAACUGGCACAUAGAAGCACGCUCGAAGUUCAGUGACCAAAUCGCCCUUAACGUAGCAAGAGAAGCCGUUGUUCUUCUCAAGAAUUGCGGUCAGAAUUUACCUGUGGCAAGAAGCGACGGAAUUCGUAAUAUUCUCAUAGCAGGAGUUGGAGCUGGUUUGGAUCCCAAUGGUUAUAACUGCAAGGAUCAGAGAUGCGUUGACGGAACAAUGACGUCAGGUUGGGGCUCUGCCGCUGUGAAUAACCCUUACGUGGUUACUCCUUACGAGGCGCUUACUGAGAAGGCAAAAGAACAAGGUAUUACUGUUAAUUUCGCUUCAGAAACAGAUGACCUUGAUCAAGUGGAGCAUUAUUCUUCAAUUGCGGACAUGGCAAUUGUAGUUGUACAAGCCUUCUCGGGCGAAGGUUACAUUGAGGUUGACGGGAAUUAUGGUGAUCGUAAAAACCUCACUUUAUGGCAUGAUGGUGAGAAGUUGAUUUCAGCAAUCGCAGAUAGAUGUCAGAAAACAGUCGUUGUUGUCAACUCGGUCGGUCCCGUUCACAUGGAAGAAUGGGUUGACAACGACAACGUGGUUGCAAUUCUAUAUGCUGCACCAUUGGGCCAGUUCGUGGGCCAAGCAAUUGCUGACGUCAUAUUUGGCGAAGUCAAUCCUUCAGGACGCCUACCUUUCACUAUUGGACGCAAGUUGCUGCACUAUGUGCCAAUAGUUGAUACCCUUUGCGAAGACAAAAGGCCUCAGGACAACUUUGAUCGAGACAUCUAUCUUGAUUAUCGGUUCUUUGAAAAACAUACCAUUAAACCAAGGUAUGAGUUUGGCUAUGGCUUAUCGUACACUUCAUUUUCAGUGUCGGAGUUACAGAUCACUGAAAUCAACCCUCCCACAGAAUAUUUACCAUAUGCUGAAGAAUAUUUAUCGCCUUUCCAUACGAUUCUAGACGAUGUGUGCGACCCAGAAGAUGCCUUGUUUCCGCAUGAGGAUUUUGACGCAUAUCCCGGUUAUAUUUACCCAUACCUUUACAAUGAGCGAUUGCGCAACUUCGAUAUUGAUGAAAAAUUCGAUUACCCAUUCGGAUAUUCACAGGAGCCAAGAGAGAGUCCCCCUUUGAGUGGCGGAGGCAUAGGGGGAAACCCCGCCCUUUGGGAAGUACUCUAUGAAGUGACUGCCAAAGUUCAUAACGAUGGCAAAUACCAAGGCGCUUACGUUGCGCAGUUAUAUUUAGAACUUCCUAGUACCUUGGCAGCAUCACCUCACAAGAUGUUGCGCGGUUAUGAUAAGGUUUCUUUGCAACCUGGUGAAUGCACCACAGUCAAAUUCAGACUCACAAGAAAGGAUAUGAGCAUUUGGGAUUCUCCGUCGCAACAAUGGAUUCUACAAACAGGCACCUACGAAAUUUAUGUUUCCUCAUCAAGCCGACAGAUAGAGGUAAGUGGCGAGAUUGAUAUUGGAUGCUAG